AUACGUCAAUUUUGAAGUGGUGAUAUCAUCAUGCCGGCAGCUGAGGGUCAUCAAGAAUACAUCCAAAAGAAAAUCAAUCCUAUUCUCGAGAAUCUCGUCACCCAGUUGCUGUUGGAGCGUCCUGAAGACCCUGUGCCCUUCAUGAUACAAUGGUUAUCUGAUUAUUCCCAUACUCCUGCUCCUGCUGGUAUACAGGGUGCUGCAGAGUCGUCCUCAGCAGAAGUCACUAGAUUGCAGUCUGAAGUCGAUUCCCUUCGAGCGUAUGUGAAGCAGCUCGAGAGCAAGCAAGCUGAAUUGGAGGCGGCUGCAUCUAAGUCGUUGCCAUGCGCCCCUUCUACUACUACUAAGGGUGAGGAGGACUCGGCAGAUGAGGAUAGCUCCGACGAAGACGAUGAAGAGGAUGUUGUCGAUGAGCUACCACCAGUGCCUGCUAACUACCAUCGUAGAGGCCCUAGAGCGAGUGUGAGUGCUGAGGCAUACGGUGACUGGAACAAGAAGCGAACUGAUUUCGUGGCACCAGUCCAUCCGAAGAGUGAGGAGCAGGCGGCUCGUAUAAGGUCCGUUCUCAGCCAGAGUUUCCUGUUCAUGUCUGUUGAUGAGAAGAGUUUAGAUGUAGUCAUUGGUGCUAUGGUAGAGAAGGUCAUCGAACCCAACCAACGUGUAAUUAACCAGGGUGAUGAUGGGGACGUCCUUUAUGUGGUGGAGUCGGGUGAGUUGGACUGUUAUAAGAAGCUUCCUGGGGAAGAGGAGGAGAAGUUAGUUAAGACCUGUACCGAAGGUGACACCUUUGGAGAGCUCGCCUUGCUCUACAAUACCCCGCGGGCAGCGAGUGUUCAGGCUAGAGGACGAUGCGUGGUGUGGCAGCUCGACAGGGAGACCUUCAAUCACAUUGUCAAGGAGGCUGCCGCAAGUAAAAGAGAGAAGUAUGAGACCUUCCUCAAGAGUGUCCCUCUGCUGGAGAGUAUGGACAGUUACGAGAGGUCCAAGGUUGCUGAUGCUCUUCGAACUGAGUGUUUCAAGGCAGGGGAGUGUAUUGUCCGACAGGGCGAUGUGGGAGAUAAGUUUUAUAUGCUGGAAGAAGGGGAAUGUACUGUAUAUAAGGAGCCUAAGGAGGUUAUGCACAUUAGAGCUGGGGACUACUUUGGCGAGUUGGCAUUACUCAGCAAUGACCCUCGAGCUGCUACAGUGAAGGCUAAGACGGACUGCCAAGUUCUCUCUCUGGAUCGCAGGAGUUUCAAGAGGCUACUUGGUCCACUUGAAGACAUUCUUAAGCGUAACACGGCUCGUUACGAGUAG